AUUAUAUAUAAACCAUUUAAAUUAUUCUUAAAUGCACUUCCUUGUUCUGAAAAUACCCAGAUUUAAAGAACACAAUGACAUCUUUAAACGGAAGUAUGUGUAUAUACUGGGAAUAUUAAAACGAAACUAAGUUGUAAACGGAAGAUAAAGAUGGGAAACACCCAAGAUCAGCCAGCUGUGACAACUACUAACACACCGACGGUGGUACCUUCCCCGGCAGUCACCACUACAGGGAGUACACAGGGACACCGACACCACAGAUCGAGACACCAUGGGUCGACUAGACAAACUAGGCCGAGAUUUGUACAGAUUGGAAAUAUAGCUCUUAGUGUUAUCAAAGGGAAUAUAAUACACCAAACGACUGACGUAUUAGUCAAUAGCGCAGUGACAGAUUUAGAUCUAAGAAAAGGGAGAGCAUCCAAAGCUUUAUUAGAAGCUGCUGGAGAUAGCAUACAGUUAGAAUGUACGGACCAGUAUCCGUCUGGUAUAAACAGCAAGACAGUGGCAAUAACUGGUCCAGGCAAUCUUCAUUGUAAGGCAAUAUUUCAUGUGACGUUGCCAAAAUGGCAAGCUCAGGGAGACGAAAAGAACAUAGAUGUCGUUGUGCGUAACUGCCUUGAGGAGGCGAACAAACAGAGGCUAACAUCGAUGUCGUUUCCUGCACUGGGAACUGGAUUCCUGAAAUACCCACCAAGGACUGUUAUUGCUUCAAUGUUCAAAACUGUGGAAGAUUUUGCCAAAUCGAAUCCUAAUUCUACAGUCAAGAUUGUGAACUGUAUCGUGUUCUCUGGAGACAACGAUACUUUUAAGGAGUUUCUAGAAGAAGCAAAGUCAAAGGCAACUAGCAAAGGUCUACAAGAAAAAGACAUGGUAACCCGAAAUUCUCUGGAUGCAAACAUUGGUACCAUCAGUAUAAACAUUGCAGUAGGAUCUAUCAUAACUGAAAGAGCCGACGUUAUAGUGAAUAGUUGUCCCUCUGAUAUGAAACUUGAUGCAAGACCAGGAUUGGGAAAGGCUAUGUAUGAAGCUGCCGGAAGUGGACUUCAGGCAGAAAUUGACCAAAACUAUCCCAAUGGUAUAAAAAUUGGGGACCUGGCUGUGACUGGUGGUCAUUCACUACAUUGUAAAAAGCUCUAUCACGGGUGUAUGACAUCUUUCUAUGCAAAGAAAGCAAGUGGAUUGCUUCCAGAGAAGGUUCUACAAAAUUUUGUUACAAAGUGUCUAGUCGAAGCUAAAAAAAAAUCAGUUCAAAGCAUAGUCUUUCCAGCGCUAGGAACGGGCUUUCUGAAGUUUCCUCCAAAAACUGCUGCUACUAAUGUAAUAAAGGCGAUAAGAGAAUUUGAGACGAACAACUCGCCAUCAACCCUCAAAACGAUUAAAAUUGUUAUUUUUGGUGGAACAAACGAUUGGAGCUCCGUUGAACAGGCGUACACAUCAGAAGUUACCACAUCAGGUAGAGGAGCGACUGCCAAUGUAGUUCAAGCACCACCAUCCCAAAUACCAAAACGUGGUACAAGAGCUUACCUUGCUCAUAAAUACAAAGAAGAACCAAGAACGCCAUCAUAUUGGACACACUUCAAGAAUACCAAAACCAUAAAAGAAUGGAAUACCACCCAAAAGGGCAAUCCCUACAAAGUUUCAACCGUGGACCCAAAAACUUAUCAAUCUAUUUCUAGAGCAUUCAGCAGUACUGGAGGGUCAAAGAUAGUUCGAAUCGAAAGAAUAGAGAAUAUUUUACUCUUUGAGCAGUACACGCAAGAGUGUCAACGAACUUUCCGAAAGGCUUAUGUUACUCAAGCAUGUAUACCUCUCAAAAUUGUGCCACAAUCAACUGGUAUUGCACUUACUAUGAAACACCUUGAUAAAGAGAUGACCGAGCAAUUACACGACGAAAUUAAUGAAUUUUAUUUGUUUCAUGGUACAAAAGUUGCUGUAGUUGAUGUUAUCACACAACAAGGUCUAGAUAGUAGGCUUGCUUCAUCAGGACUGCUAGGGACAGGAGUAUAUGCUGCCGAUAUGGCAGACAAAUCGGCUGGUUAUACAGAUCAAAAUCAAAAGGGAGAGAGUAAGAUGUUUUUAAUGAGAGUUUGCUUAGGUGAUAUUUUCAUUACAACACAGACAAAAGCGUUUAAAAGACCUCCUUGUAAAACGUGCAAUAGUGAUUUGUGUACAACACACCCAGAACUUUAUGAUUCCGUCGUUGCAGAAUUCAAUAGAAGGGAAUUCGUCGUGUAUGAUAGCUGUAAAUGCUACCCGGAAUAUCUUAUAACAUACAAAUGAUAUUAGUUAUAAGGAUAUUUUAAUUACAUUUUUAGCUCACCUGACCUGAAAGGUCAAGUGAGCUUUUCUCAUCACUUGGCGUCCGUCGUCCGUCGUCCUGCGUCCGUCGUCCUGCGUCCGUCGUCCGUCGUCCGUAAACUUUUACAAAAAUCUUCUCCUCUGAAACUACUGGGCCAAAUGUUACCAAACUUGGCCACAAUCAUCCUUGGGGUAUCUAGUUUAAAAAAUGUGUCCGGUGACCUGGCCAUCCAACCAAGAUGGCCGCCAUGGCUAAAAAUAGAACACAGGGGUAAAAUGUAUAUUUUGGCUUAUAUCUUUGAGACCAAAACAUUUAGAGCAAAUCUGACAUGGGGUAAAAUUGUUAAUCAUGUCAAGAUCUAUCUGCCAUAGAAUUUUCAGAUGAAUUGGACAACCCGUUGUUAGGUUGCUGCCCCUGAAUUGGUUAUUUUAAGAAAAUUUUGCAGUUUUUGGUUAUUAUCUUGAAUACUAUUAUAGAUAGAGAUAAACUGUAAACAGCAAUAAUGUUCGGCAAAGUAAAACCUACAAAUAAGUCAACAUGACCAAAAUUGUCAGUCAACCCCUUAAGGAGUUAUUGCCCUUUAUAGUCAAUUUUUAACAAAUUUUCGUCAGUUUUUGUAACUUGUACAAAAAUCUUCUUCUCUGAAACUACAUGGCCAAAUUAAACCAAACUUGGCGAUAAUUAUCAUUGUGGUAUAUAGUUUGAAAAAUAUGUCCGAUGACACCGCCUACCAAACAAAAUGGCCGACAUGGCUAAAAUUAGAACAUAGUGGUACAAUGCAGUUUUUGAUUUAUAUCUUUAAAACUAAGACAUUUAGGGCAAAUCUUUCAAGAUUUAAAUGUCCAUCAGAAUAAGAUCUAUCCCCUCGCAAAUUUUCAGAUGAAUCUGACAACUCGUUAUUGGGUUGCUGCCCUAAAAUUGGUAAUUUUAAGGAAAUUUUGCAGUUUUUGGUUAUUAUCUUGAAUACUAUUAUAGAUAGAGUUAAACUGUAAACAGCAAUUUUGUUCAGCAAAGUAGGAUCUAGAAAUAAGUCAACAUGAUAAAAAUUGUAAGAGUACCCCUUAAGGAGUUAUUGCCCUUUAUAGUCAAUUUUGAACAAAUUUUCGUCUUGUAACUUGUACAAAAAUCUUCUUUUCUAAAACUAUGGGCCAUAUUAAACUAAACGUGGCCACAAUCAUCACUAUGGUUUCUAUUUAAAAAAAGUGUCUAAUGACCCCACCUACCAACCAAGAUGACCAACAUCAGUAAAUACAGUAACAGGUGAGCGACACAGGCUCUUGAGAGCCUCUAGUUUAAAAUGUCUUUGGUUCUUACUUUUAUCAAUUGUUGUUGGUUACUAAUAUACCUUCGCAAAAAUUGAAAAGGUUUCAAGUCCAAUUAUGUAGAUGUUAUUUAAAGACAUUUGUUUUAAAGAAUAAUAUAUUCAAAUGAAAUGUUAAUGAAUUAAUUUGAGGAAAAAUGUUUUUUUUAUCUAUACAUAUAUUGAAAAAUGUUUAUUGUAUUAGAAAAAUUCGGCAUGGUAUAUUAAUGAUAAUUAAUUUAUGAAAAAAAUUGUUUAAAUAUAUAUCUUCAAUAGAUUUUUCUUAAAAUUGAUAAAAGAUUUAUGUCUGCAUAUUUCAUGUAAAUAAUAAAACAAAUAAAGUCUCAAAGUUUAUAACGAACAUAUUGCAUAACAGGAGUGCAUAUCAGUUACCAAGUCAGAAAUAUGACAGUAGUUAUGCAUUCGUGUUAUGUGUUUGGGCUUUAGAUUUUGUCAUUUCAUUAAGGUCUUUACUCGGAGGUCGGUAUUUUUGUAAUUUUACUUUUUUUGUACGGAAGCCCUGGAGUACCAUGCUUAAAAAUUACUAACAUGUGUGCGAAAAUUGAAAUUUACUUUAAUUGCAUGGUAUUCCAGGGCUUCCGUAAAUUUAUGUAAAUUAUUCCAGAAGUGUGUAUAUAAAUCAAAAUUCCUAACGUCAAUAUUUGCUUUGCGCAUCGCUGUGUGUUUGUCUAUUCCACACGGUCCAUAUGUAAAGCGGGAGGGUUAACCACAAAAUAUUGUUCACCACGCCGCAAAGUUUAUAACGAACAUAUUGCAUAACAGGAGUGCAUAUCAGUUACCAAGUCAGAAAUAUGACAGUAGUUAUGCAUUCGUGUUAUGUGUUUGGGCUUUAGAUUUUGUCAUUUCAUUAAGGUCUUUACUCGGAGGUCGGUAUUUUUGUAAUUUUACUUUUUUUGUACGGAAGCCCUGGAGUACCAUGCUUAAAAAUUACUAACAUGUGUGCGAAAAUUGUAAUUUACUUUAAUUGCAUGGUAUUCCAGGGCUUCCGUAAAUUUAUGUAAAUUAUUCCAGAAGUGUGUAUAUAAAUCAAAAUUCCUAACGUCAAUAUUUGCUUUGCGCAUCGCUGUGUGUUUGUCUAUUCCACACGGUCCAUAUGUAAAGCGGGAGGGUUAACCACAAAAUAUUUUUCACCACGCCGCAUUGAUGCGCAUUUCCCAUUACAUAGUUUUCAUGAAAGAAUGAUAUGAUCUAAUGAAUAUACCAUAAACAUAUAUGA